UUUGGCUAUUUUGUGUUCAUUUUUUUACUCAUUUACACAUCUCUGUGUCAUUUUGCACCAAUUUUUUAAACUUGUUUUGUGUCUUUUUAACACCUGUGUGUCGUUAGUGUCUAUUUUUGUUAUUUCCACAGUUUUGUAGUUGUUUUGCUGUCUUUAGGGUCUUUUCCAUCUCUUUUAAUUCAUAUUGUGUCUCCUUUUGGUGGUUCUGUAUCUCUUUGGCUUUUUUUCUCUCGUUUGUGGCUUUUGUUGUCGUUUGAUGUCAUUUAAUUGACUUGCCAAUGAAAAGGUUAACACCUUUAUCCUGGCUCUCUUGUCUAGGAGCCCCCUGACAUCCUGGGGCCCCUGGGCCCAGUAGGUCCGAUCAGUAAUCCAUUAAUGCGUCCAUGUGCGAACUAUGUUCAUAAGUCUUAUGCUCUUAUUUCCGACCGUAUGUGAACGCAGCACCAUCUCGGUGCAUUCAGAUGUCGUCAACUGUCCACAGAUCUGGAAGAGGAGGGAUCUAAAUCUGAACUGCGUCUGACUGACGCUUCCUACCGAGGUUGAUACUUCCAUUUACUAAAAAUGUACACAAUUCAAGACAAGUCCCACGGGUUUAACUUUCUGUCACACUUUAGCGGCAUCUCCCCCUUUUCAGACUCGAAGUAACGCAGUGGGGAGGGAGGUGUGUGUUUGGUUUCCCCUCCCGCUGCUGCUGCUGCUGAAGAAGAAGAAGAAGAAGAAGAAGAAGGAGCUCCUGUGGGAUCGUUUUGGAGUAAACUCUAUCCAUGCUCGGCUCGGCUUGGCAAGCAAAAGAUUCACGGGCAUGCGAGUUUGUCCAGCUCGGUUCGGCUAAGGAGCAGCUAGGAGACGACAAAUCACCUUCAGAGGAAGUAAAAGUCCUGAGGUGGAUUUGAGGCGAAGUUAUGAAAAUGACCGGAGCCAUGGAAACUUCUUUCAAACUGGCUUUGAAGAAACCACCUUCGCGGCGGACGGCAGAGGACCUGCACACCAUCUACUGCCACCUCUAUCACAUGGACGUCCUCUCUCACCUUAGGGAGCAUCAGCUCAGGUCGAUGUGUACCUCAGCCAGGUAUGAGAGACUCGAGGCUAACCAUGUCCUGUUCUACCCAGACAGCGUCGCUACCUGUUGGUACAUCCUGCUCUCUGGAUCAGUCUUCGUCAAGGAGCACAUGUACCUGGCAAGGUGCUGUUUUGGCAAGCAGCUGGGGGGCAGACGAGGCUGUGAAUGCAUCACGUUGGAGCCUUCAGAAAUGAUUGUGGUGGAUAACGGCAGCGAGGGGGACGACGGGUUUCUGCAGAGAGAGGAAUCCCAGCGCAGGUCCAGGCGGCGCUUCAGGAGGGUCAACCCCAGAGGAGAGCGGGAACUCAUCACAGAUGGCCAAGAACCCGCCGGCUACAGGACGGAUUACGUCAACAACAAGACAACUGGGGUGGGAGUCACAGGCCUUUGGCAGUGCUGGUGACAGCACCAUUCAGCAUCCCGUCUCUCACAAUACUGGCACAGCUAAGUGUGAAAACGACCAGCUAAUGGCUUUUUAUCCAGUGUAGAAGCUUACCAGCCAAUGUCUGUCCAGGCUAAAAACUUGCCAACCAAUGAUUGUUGAACAUUGUGUCUCACAGGGCCAGUGCCUGCCAUAUCAGAGAAUGUGGAUUUUUCCACAGCAGACUUUUCUAGGUAAUAUGUUGCUAUGCAGAUUCCCCGCAUUGAGUUGGAAAAGGUUAUUUUUCUUUCAAGCUGUCCCACUUUCAGCUUGUAGCCAUUAGUGUCAUGUUUUUGAGCACAU